AUGGGGCAAUUUCAUUCCAGCCAGGCCAGCUCUGCUCCAGAACAAGAGGAAAAAACCGAUUACUAUGAACUGCUGGGCCUCACACGCGGCGCCACGGAUGAAGAGAUCAAGAAAGCGUAUCGAAAGAAAGCCCUGGUUUUGCAUCCAGAUCGAAAUUAUGGAAAUGUCGACGAAGCCACCAAGCUUUUUGCGGAGAUCCAGUCUGCAUACGAAGUCCUAGCUGAUCCCCAGGAACGGGCAUGGUAUGACUCUCAUAGUGAAGCUUUCUUGGGGACUGACGGGGUUGACGGGGAUCAACACUCAUACAAUGUUCGAAUCACAACCGCCGAUGAUGUUCUCAAACUAUUUUCCAAGUUCAGCCCUCGGAUGGAUUUUUCCGACUCUCCAACUGGAUUCUUCGGUGGCUUGCGAGAGCAAUUCGAGCAACUUGCGCUGGAGGAAAAGCUGGCAUGCCAGUGGGAAAGCCAGGACCCUCUGGAAUACCCAUCUUUUGGGUCUUGCGACGGAGAUUUUGAAACCGUUGUGCGACCAUUUUACACGGCAUGGACUGGCUUCUCCACGCAGAAAUCAUUCGCAUGGAAAGAUGUACAUCGAUAUUCGGAAGCGCCUGACCGCCGAGUCCGACGAAUGAUGGAAAAGGAAAACAAACGCCUUCGUGAUGAGGCUAUUCGUGAGUUCAACGACGCGGUCAGAUCUCUGGUGGCUUUUGUUAAGAAACGUGAUCCGCGAUACAAAUCGAAUGCUCAAAGUGAAGCCCAGCGUCAGGAAACCCUUCGCCAAUCAGUGGCUGCGCAAGCGGCCAGAUCACGAGCCCACAACCAAGCUCAGAUGCGAGAUCAUGUAUUGCCAGUGUGGGCCCAAUCCGAGCAACCGGUGGAAGACGAGGAGAGUGAGGAGAGUGAAGUUGAGAGCUUCGAGUGCGUAGCAUGCCACAAGUUUUUCAAGAGUCAAAAACAGUCUGAGGCCCACGAACGGAGUAAAAAGCACUUGAAAGCCGUCAAACAACUCUGCUGGGAGAUGCGAAUGCAGAACGACCUAUUGGACUUGGAAUCUGUGGGUGAACCGGAUGCCAGUGCCAGUGUCAGUGCCGAUUUCGAUACAAUUCGGGCUGAGUUGAAUGUUGGCGAAGCCCAAGUCGAGUCGCUUUUCGGGGGUGAUGGGUCGCAAAAGCCCCUCAGCCCUGGUGCUAAUUCUCAUGGCAGAGAAAGCCCGCAGCCUUGUGAAGAGGAAUCAUUGUCCACGCCAGCUUCCCCCGAACAUGGCCACCCCGCUGCCCUGGAGGAUGAGUAUGCCUCCAGGGAAUAUGUGGAGACGAGGCUGCGUGCGGAGUUGGACUCUCUGUCUACUACGGUUGCUGGAGAAGAAUCAUCCUCUUCGACCCCAGCCGCAUCGUCACCGCCCCCUAAGCUGGGCAAGGCCAAGCAGAAGAAGGCGAAAAGGACCGCCAAAGAAGCAAAUCAAUCCAGUGGCUUUGCUUGUGCACAUUGCCAUGAAUCCUUCUCAUCCAAGACUAAGCUAUUCGAUCACAUUCGAGAACUACCUGACCAUGCACAGCCAGUCAACAAAACAGUCAAGAGAGGAAAGAAACACUAG